GCAGUUCUUUUCGGUUCUUUCUCCGUUUCCCGAGACAAACACUGCCUUUUCAGUUCUUCCCAUCGGUUCAGAGCUCACUGACUGACGCUGACAUAAAUACUCAAACGCAAGGAAAAACCUACUGCUCCACUUUUUUCCAGCAACCAACCAAGAAUUAUCUUCAAAAUUUUCAAAUUCGCAAUAUUCUUCAAUCCCGGAUAGCUCUCUGUUUCUUGAAUUCUACGGCAAGUAUUGAACUGAGAAUACUCUGUUUUACUUAACGUACUUUGGGUCCUCUCAGUGCAGAAAAGCUGGCAUGGCCCCCAGAUAUGGUAAAAAGGUGAAGGUAGAGGAAGGAGAGACAAGCGACAGGGCCGAGGCGUUAUCGCGAAGAAUCGACAAGUUGUCGCGUCUUUAUGAGCUCUCCAAGUUCUCUCAACCGGACUGUGUUCGCCGAAGCGUUCGUUCGGAGUACACUGCAAUUCAAGACUUUAUAAACGAGAGAAGCUACGACAUUGGGAACGCCGAGUCUGACAGGUUCAAGAAAAUCUUGGGUGACGUUGAAGGCUUGUUUCAGAAUGUUACAUGGCCAAGAGAACAAGUUGCAGAUGCAGAAACAAUGCUUGAACUUACCAACACAUUGGUGGCUUCUGUUCAAUCACAUCUUAAGGGAUCUGUUUCACCAUCACAGUUUGUUUCCUGCAUUCUUAAAGACUAUGGAAGACGACGAGCAGGGAAGCUCUGUAAGAAUGCCCGUCAAAUGCUACCCUGGAAAGAAAUUGGCUGUGCUGUUUCACCUGUAUUCAUGGAUGGCUCUGGUUUGAAAACCAUGGUUGGACCGAUGGAUUAUAAGGUGAAGCUUGAACGAGUGGAUUGUAAGAUCAAGCCUGAACCAUUGAGUUGUAUGAUCAAGCUUAGAGGAAUCAGAAAUGAAAUUAAGGAAAGGACAAGAUGGACUCCAUAUGCUCGCCCGACCAAGGUUGUGGAUAGCACCCCUGAAAGGAAAUCCAACACUGAAAAGAAUGUUUCAGUAAUGUCUGACACCAUAGAAAAGAAUAAAAGCGUAAAGCUUGAAAAUCUUAUCCUGAACAGAACCUCCUAUGCCCAGACCAUUGAAAAUAUAUUCGCGCUUUCUUUCUUGGUACAAGACGGCAGAGUUGCUAUAAGCGUGGCUGAAAAUGGCUCUCAUUUUGUCUCUCCAAAGGAUGCAGGUGGUGCGUGUACUGUGCUUCCUACCAAUAUGGCAUACAAAAAUUUUAUCUUCAGAUUCGAUUACAAUGAUUGGAAGGUGAUGUUAGAUUUGGUGCCAGGGGGCGAAGAGCUGAUGCCCCACAGGCCUAUUCUGCAGUUUGAGUUAUCAUGAAUUGUUACAUGGGUUGUAUGUGUAUGUAACUGCAACUCUUUUGUCAGCUGCCUGCAAGAUCCUACUGUUUAUAUGUAUAUUUUGUAGAGCAAAUAGAUGCAUCUGUAUGAAAUGGUUAGGCUGCUGCUACUGAAAGUGCAUCCUGUUGUGAAGGGGCUGUUCUUUUUUCAAGUAA